UCGCUGGCAGUUUGAGACUCGCCUCGAACUCACUCACCUGUAGGACGUGUUUCACCUGGUCACCUGAGCUGUUCAUACGAUUCAAAAGGGAGUUUUGACACCUGAUUGUAAACCAACUGAAAAGGAACGCGCUGAAUACAGCGACGCACUUCAACAUUAAGUUUCUGUGCUCGUCCAUUAAAGGAAACCAGAGGAACCACACAACAGUUUUUAUCUCCACCUGACUAUUUUGGUAUAUUUUUUGCGACUGAGCUCAACAAGCGGAAAACCGACAAAUUAUUAAAGGUGGACUGUCCACCCUUCCCUCCGAUGAACAUGUCAGGACUGUUAAGCGCACUCAUUCUCCUAAUUAUUCAAGGGUCGUUGGCUCAGCGCGUGAGGGUGGAGCCAGAAGUCGUGUCAUAUCCUGGUCAGACGGUGACACUGCGAUGCCAGUUUCCGAACCCAGGCGAAACCCAACUCACUCAGGUGUCAUGGAUCUUUGAACGGAAUGAUGCAGAGCGAACCAACAUUGCAGUUUUCCAUCCAAAAUUUGGAGCAAAUUACCCACCGAAAUCCCCUGUAUCAGGACGUGUCAGUUUUGUAACAGAUCCGCCCUCUUUGGACAACCCAUCCAUUCAGAUCAGAGAAGUGAAGAUGACCGAUGAGGGCCGAUAUAUCUGUGAAUAUGCCACCUACCCUUCUGGCAACGAACAGGGAGUCACUUCGCUGGUCAUGCUGGCUAAACCAAAGAACUUGGCUACAACUGUCACAGUUACCGCCGGCAAAACCCCAGUCAUCGUGGCACGCUGUGAAUCAUCCAAUGGCCGUCCGGCAGCGACUAUUUCUUGGUCCACACCGCUUAACGGAAACGUGACGCCGCCGAUCGAGACGGAAAAUCCAGAUAAUACAGUCACCGUCCAGAGUUCCUACAUGCUGGUUCCGCAGCCGUCGGAUAAUGGCAAAGACAUCAGCUGCAUGGUGACACACCGUACCAUGACCCAACCCGAGACCUUCCCGAUGAGACUUGUUGUUGAAUAUCCUCCCCGGGUGCAGAUCGUAGGGUAUGAUAACAACUGGUACAGGGGUCGGACAAGUGCGUAUUUGACCUGUCAGGCAGAUGGAAACCCCGUCCCCACCACUAUCACCUGGAAAACCUUGUCUGGACUGAUGCCUGAAACGGUGCAGGUGCAGGAAAAUCGACUCGCUGUGCAGAAGGUGGAUGACACCAUCAACAACACCUUCAUCUGUGAGGUCAAAAACAGUUUGGGAUACGGCAGAGAUCAGAUCACCGUCUUCGUGAGGGAACAACCACCUCCCCCAUCAAACGUGGGUGUGAUCGCAGGCGUGAUCCUCGCGUGUAUUCUGGCCAUCGCACUCUUAGGUGUCCUCGUCUACUUCCUGGUAUUCCAUAAUCGCCGCCAACAGCAUGGUUACCGUGGCACCGGCAAGCCAACCGGUGCUCCCUACGACUCCUUUACCCGCCUCUUUGGAUCUGCCAAAUCAAGCAAAAAUGGCACCGGAAACAACGGAAACAACAACACGCCCAUUUACAGGGGAGAGGUGGGGCUUAAUGAGAAAACGGCCAGUCAGGGCAUGCACCCAGGGGGCGUGGCUCUGCUCGAGACCACGCACACUCACACAGCGGAGGAUAUCCUGCUUAGUAGAGAGAUGGACGAGGUAGAAAGGAAGAAAUUCGAUGAACUGGAAGAAGAGGACGAGCGAUACGAUCAUUUUGGUGGGGGUGGACCCAUCCUACAGCUCCGCCCACAUGACGAUGACCUAGAUGACAUGGAGUCCCAGAGGGACGGCUCCGUGAUUUCUCGGACUGCAGUCUACGUGUAGAAGGAGAGCAGAAAGAGGUUCUAGGAGGGUGUACGUGGACCUCUUCCAGAAGGAUUGAAUUUCUUCCUCUUAACGAAUAUUCAUUUUAUUGUAAAAACAAAUUACGCCAUCAAAUACCAUGAGAGAAGGAUUAAUGGAUGGAUUGAGUUAAUGAAUAGAUGAAUUAAUAUGCUGGAUAUAGCACAGAUUAAAACAUUGGAGGAUCGGGUGAAGUAAAUAGAGACUACUAAAUACGAAACUGUCAGGCUUCCAUUCCUAAUUAUUGCUCUGGUUGUCAUGGUGACAUAUUCUGAGUAAUACGAAACUACAGAUGUUGACACUGUGCGAUAUAUAUGACAUGCACACACAUUAAGUUACUGUAUGUAAGUAAAUCCACUGUGCUGUUAUGUAAUAGUUUUAACUUGUUCUUAUUUUUUAUUGAUCAUAGAUUCACACUUAAACCAGUUUCAAACUUGAUUCACUCAGUGUGAGUUGAGUUUGGCUGGAGCACAUUCCUUGGCCCUACAUUUCUCUAUCUUCUAUGGAAGCUGUCCUUAGGUAUUGUGUAGAUUUUGAAGAAUAGUCAAAUGUGCCCAGUGCUUUUGAUCUGUUAUACACUAUAGACACUCAUGUCUAAUAUUUGACUAGCCACGCCUCCGUGGUCUUCCUUCCUGUAAAUUCAUCCUCACACGCUCAUCUGUCUCAAGAUGACAUGCACAGUUCACUCAUUAUACAGCACUCAAUAUCUCAAUCCCGUGACAUGACUCACAAGUGAAUCAUUUGGUUUUUCGGGGCUAAUCAAAUCAAACGUUAAUGAAUGGUGUGUUCGUUCUCACCCACAAUCCACAAUCCAGGCUUUUUACCGUUUUCCCUGUACAGUUUCCUUAUGCAUUCAGUCAUAAAACAAUGUAGCAGACCGCUGUAGUAAUAAAAACAGUGAGUCAGGGUCACAUCCUUAUUCACAGUGAACUUUAAACCCUGACGGAAAGGAAGUAUUCAACUAAAUUUAUUGUAAUAUGUCACAGUUAAACUUGCGAAGGAAUGGUGUGCCACAUGUUUAACACUUUACAAUAUUGUUCAGUUUGUUAAUAUGGUUUUAGUUAUCAUGAACCAACAAUACUUGUACAGCAUUUAUUAAUCUAAGUUCAUGUUAAUUUAUAAAUAUACUGUUGUUCAUUAUUAAUGUUUGUUCAUAAUACACUCACUAAUGUUGAUUUAUUAACUUGAAAUGCUAAAAAUAUCAAAAUUGGCAUUAACCAAAAUUAAUAAAUGCUGUGGGACACACUGUUAAAAGUCAGUAGAUGAUGAUACCUAAUGCAUUAACUCUUGCUAAUGAAUAAAAACUGUAAAGUGUUAACAGCAAUUCUAUAUUUAUAACUAUAACCCAUGUCCAGAGUUACCAUGGCCACACAGCUUAAUAUACCUCUCCUCAGAUGCCGCGAUUCGCAUCACAUACUGUUAUUUCCUCAGCCGCUGAGAUACACUGACUUGUUUAAUGGGAAAUAAAAUGAAGAAGCUCAUGAAUGAGUGAAAGAUUGUUCGAUGUGAGGUGAUUGUAAACUACUGUAUGUACACAUUUUAUUUUUCUUAAAAAUGAAAAAACCUUCUAAAUGUAAAUACGGAGACGGGGCGAGGUGAAUAUCCAGGUCGAAUGUUACGCAUGUCAACCACGGCUCUAUGCGUACAGUACUGUAUGAGAGCACAUAUCACAUAUUUACAUCUGUAAUCUAAUAUUGACAGUACUAGUUUCACCUGUACUGAGUUUAAACACAUUCACAUGGGGAAGCUUUCUAUCGGGUGUAGUUGAAGUGUGUGUGUGUGUGUGUGUGUGUGUGUGUGUGAGAGAGUGAGUCAGCGUGUUAAGUGGUGUCUGACUCGAGCGCAGUGAGUUAUUCCUCCAGUCUCUCAGGGUCUCGCACACAUACACAGUGUGAUUUAAACUGGACAUCACACACACACAUAUUCUUUCUCCCUCUAAAUCAUCUGUCAAACCAGCUGCCCUUGAGUCUAUAAGUGUCCCUCUCUGUUCCCGAGCAUCAGAGGGCAUAGUGGGUACCAUAGUGUUGUUUCCAUGGGAUUCCGUAUUGAUUCAGUGAUCCUAUUUGUGCCACGUCUGAAUCAGUGCCGCUGAAAGAAGUUGUUCUCACCUCUGAAAGGGUGGUCAGUCUGGCACGGGCCGGCCUGAUGCGCUCUGAUCCGUCUAGCACAGAUUAGGCCGUGGCUUCGACGCUACCCAGUUUACAUCCUGAUUGAAAGGUCAGACUGCAAUCAGUGAAUGAGUAGAAGAAGUGAUUUCGUCACUCGUGCUCUGAGAGGCAGAACGCUUUAGCUCCUCAUUAGAGGAGAACGCACUGACCUUCCAGCUCAACGUCUCCUCCAGGAAUUCCGUAAUGAAGGAACGGAUGCCUUGAGAAUAUUAAGGAAGUAUCCUCUGCGAUGGGAGACCGUUUAAGUAGAUUUCCAGAGAGGAUGGAGUUGUGAAUAUGGGAUGUUACGGUCUCCUCAAUGUCGUCGUCCCUUGUUGUCUGGUUUAGAUGUUCCACAGUCCUGGUAAACAUACGCACACACAUUCAAAAGCCUUAAUGUCACCCAACACAAACCAUCCCUCCUGUGAAUAUAGUAUAAAUAUAUAAACAUGAUAUACAUAAGGCUAAACGGUGAUGUCACAUCCUUGUGUAUUGUACUUCACUUCUGUGAGCAUGAAGGAUACAUUGUUUUAUUUGAGUUGGUAAUGCUUUAUAAUAAGGUUCAAUUUGGUGGAAUUUUAAUGCAUUAGGUAUCGUGAAUAAUAUUUACUGCAUUUAUUAAUCUAAUGUUUCUUUAUGAAUACAGGCUACUAAUGUUUAAUUCAUGAUGCAUUGUUAAUUUAUACAACUUGAAAUGUUAAAAACACAUUAUGCAGAAAUGAACA